UUACAACCACUACGCAACAUAGCGCCAGUCAGUCAUCAUGGCGUUAGCAGCGGCAGCCAAGCGCUGUGCAUCUUCUGCACUUUUCAGUAGAUCUUUGUCAUAAUUACCAGAGCUCAGAACAGCAUGCUCUUAUCAUAAAAAGGUACGUGUGGACCACUAUGAGAACCCCAGAAAUGUUGGUUCUCUGGACAAGAAUGCCAAGAAUGUAGGCACUGGCUUGGUAGGCGCACCUGCAUGCGGUGAUGUUAUGAAACUACAGAUUCAGGUGGACAAGAAUGGCAAGAUAGUAGAUGCCAGAUUCAAAACAUUUGGCUGUGGCUCAGCCAUUGCUUCCAGCUCACUGGCCACAGAGUGGGUGAAGGGAAAAUCUAUUGAUGAAGCCCUGAAAAUCAAAAACACUGAGAUUGCCAAAGAACUUUGUUUACCACCAGUCAAGCUUCUUUGCUCUAUGCUUGCAGAGGAUGCCAUCAAGGCUGCGUUAGCAGACUACAGGCUCAAACAGAAAGACGACUAGGAGACGUUGGCGGAAGAUCGAAAUUAAUGUCCUCAUUCACAGACGAGUCACUGUCACCCACUCUCAUUGUGACUCAGAACAUUUUUGUAGUUUAUAUGCUUUCUGAGGAUAAAAUAAACACAUUAGCCAGCGUAUACCAUUGCUACUCUAUUCGCACUGCCUUUGCAUUGCUGGUUUGAAGUGGCUUGCAUUUACAGACUGUGAAGAUCUUUUUGAUUAAAGUUUACUCCUGUAUCUCUGAAUCACGCACAUUAAAAUAAACUCUUUAUUUCCUAAAGAUCUCAUACUCUCGCAUUAAAUGUCCUCUAUAUCAAAUACAUACUACUGCAAAGUUUGUAAAUGUACUCUACUACACUUUAUAAAAAGGAAAGUAGGGGAUUUGAAAAAUGUCUAUUUGUUUAGAUUUUCAGAGGGAUCAUAGUUUUGGCAUUGAUUUUGUAAG